CUCUGAUACCAUAUUAGGAAGCGCCUAUUUACUUGUUUGCUCUAAGUUAAAAAAUGGCUCUGAUCCUGCAUGCAAUCAAAAGAAACAAAAAUGUUUUCAAGACUCUCUUCUUCGUCGCACAGUGGGAGUAGCAGGAGCAGGAAGCGCCUAUUUACUUGUUUGCUCUAAGUUAAAAAAUUGCUCUGAUCCUGCAUGCAAUCAAAAGAAACAAAAAUGUUUUCAAAACUCUCAUCGCAGCAGAGUACAGUGGCGUCCAACUGGAAUUUGCCCCUGAUUUCGAGUUUUCUGUCUCCAACAAAACUCCUGAAUUCCUCAAAAUGAAUCCUCUUGGAAAGUUUCCUGUGUUGGAAACACCCGAUGGUCCAGUCUUCGAAAGCAAUGCUAUUGCUCGUUACGUUGCUCGGCUCAAUGGUGACAACGCAUUGUACCUGUCUACUCCCAUUGAUAAUGCCCGCAUCGACCAGUGGAUUGAUUUUUCAACUUUGGAGAUUGAUUCUAAUAUUCUCAAAUUGUACCUACCAAGGUUUGGAUACGCUCCAUACCUUCCACCGGCCGAGGAGGCUGCAAAUUCUGCGUUGAAGAGAGCAUUCGGGGCCUUGAACACUCACCUUGCAUCCAAUACGUACCUGGUUGGUGAUUCCGUCACCCUUGCUGACAUCAUAACGACAUGCAACCUGUAUUUGGGUUUCACCGAGAUCUUAGUUAAGAGCUUCACUUCGGAGUUCCCUCAUGUUGAGAGAUACUUUUGGACCUUGGUCAACCAGCCCAAUUUCCGCAAGAUAUUAGGUCAGGUUAAGCAAACCGACGUUGUUCCACCUGUUCAAUCUGCGAAGAAGCCUGCCCAGCCUAAGGAGUCGAAACCCAAACCUAAGGAUGAGCCGAAGAAAGUGGCUAAGCCAGAGCCAGAGAAGCCCAAAGAUGAGGCAGAAGAGGAGGCACCCAAGCCCAAGCCCAAAAAUCCCCUUGAUCUUCUUCCUCCAAGCAAGAUGAUAUUGGAUGAGUGGAAAAGACUCUACUCAAACACCAAGACCAACUUCCGCGAGGUUGCAAUCAAAGGAUUUUGGGACAUGUAUGAUCCAGAGGGUUAUUCUCUCUGGUUCUGUGAUUACAAAUACAACGACGAGAACACUGUUUCCUUUGUGACAUUAAACAAGGUUGGUGGUUUUCUUCAGCGGAUGGAUCUGGCUCGCAAGUAUGCUUUUGGAAAGAUGCUUGUAAUUGGAUCACAGGCACCAUUUAAGGUGAAGGGGUUGUGGCUUUUCCGCGGGCAAGAGAUUCCACAAUUUGUGAUUGACGAGUGUUAUGAUAUGGAGCUGUACGAGUGGACCAAGGUUGACAUCUCUGACGAAACUCAGAAAGAGCGGGUAAAUCAGAUGAUUGAGGAUUAUGAACCAUUUGAGGGAGAGCCUCUUCUGGAUGCUAAGUGCUUCAAGUGAAAAUUAUUCCAUAGUCUUUAAGAGCUUAUGAUUUUGUUGCGUCUUUUGGUAAGAGUUGGCUUCUAUCUUAUUUCUGUUAUAGUGAGUUCUUAGCUAUUUUGGUGAUUUUGCCAGCGUUGAAACUUAUACAAGGAUGAUUUUGGUAUAAAAAAAAAAAAAAAAAAAACAAA